UAAACUUAUCUUUGCAGUGCGAGGAGCAAGUAGCGCGAGCAAAUGAGAAAACAGACGCAACGUUUCUCUGUGCUCACUGAACAUUUUCACAGCUUUGGCGCCACUUGUGCAUCGUGAUACUUGUAAAGUUAAAUUUCUAGCUUGACAAUAACUAUACCAGCAGGGUAGAUCUUUUAAUAUCUGUAAAGCCACAAUGGAUGGUCAAGAAUCAUUUGUGAACAUAGACAUCCUCCUACUUCAGCUGGUUCUGCAGUCUAGGGAACUGUCUCAAAAGAAGAAUGCGAUAAAUCAACAAAUAGAACUUUGCAAAGCCAAUAUUGCUGAGAAGAAAUCUUACAUAGAAACCACCACCUGCAGUAUAAGGAAACUUGAAGAUGAAAUUGAUCAGAAACAGAAAAUUGUAAAGAAUUUUAAAGCCAAUGCAAAAAGCAUGAAGGCAACCAACAACUACCUUCAACAGUAUGAGAAAGUGUUGCAGUUGGAACUGGAGAGGACACAAGAGAACUGCAAUCAAGAAAAGAAGGUCUACCAGGAGAGAAUUGAAAGCUACAAAAAGGUGUUCCAGAAAUACAAAGAGUAUUACUGUGAAAGUCCUCUUGCCAAAAAACUCCUCAUGAUACAGUCUGAGAAUGAGGAGAUUGAGCGUCGCAUUAACACUUGCGAUGGACAGAUACGAAUGAGAGAGAAAGAGCUAGAAGAUCAGCAUGGGCAAACACAGAGUACUUUUUCCAUUGAGAAUUCAGCAGAAAGUGUCUCUGAUCGUGUGAGUAUUGAGGAGCCUAAGACGCAGCCAGAUCAUCAGGCAGAUGACCUCGAUGCUCACAUACACUUGUCUUCUCUCCACCUCACCCAGCCAAAGGGGCAGGAUGGUUGUCAGGACAUUGGUGAGGGAAUGGCUGAGGAGAAUCUGGAGGAAACCAUCAGUCUGAACACACCAGCCUGCCCUCCAUCUGAAGGAGAUGCUUGUCCUGAAAUGUGGUUCAACAAGGAAGUAAUAGAACAAUUGCAGCCAUCAGUUGAGGUUUCAAGUAUGGAUCGCAACCAAGGAAGUGUGCUAGAUGUGCAGGACGAGCCUCCUACUCUAGCUAGUAUAGCAGAGGAGACGGAGGUGGUGGGGCAGAGAGAAACCGUGGACGAGGAGCAGGCACCUUUCAGGCACAUGAUUGAGGAGGAGCAGGGGGAAAAGAAGCAGUCUUCCCUAACUUUGAUGGCCUGUACUCAGUCUUCCCCUUCUAGAGCUUUUACCAGUCAGGGUUCACCUCCCAGAGAAGGUCCUCAUAUCUCCCCACGGAGAAUGAAAGCGGUGUCAAGUACCCCGACCUUCUCACUUGUCUCCAGCCCCAGCAAUUCACCCGGUCACCAGGAGAGUGUAGAUGCCACAUCUCCAGGCUUCCUGUUCUCCAUGAGCUCUGCCACCCCAAGCUUCUCAGGGUUCGACUGUGGCUUCAACAUGGCCUCGCCACAAGCAGAGGACUCUCCUUUUACUUUCACAAGCUCCUAUUUCAGUGACAAGAAACCCUCUGGAUCCAAGUCCACAAGUGGCUUUCCCUUUGACCAAUCAGAGAAGUCGGAAGACGACUUUGAGUUUGCAUUUUCUGACCAGAGUCCUGUGAACCAGGAAAGGGGAGGAGUUGUGGAUGCAUUGCCAUUCUCCUUCAACUUUGGAACAUUUUAACAGAGAUUCUGAUUCAGGUCACUUAACUAUGGCUGUUCUUCAUAUCAGUUUACUUCCUGUUUGGUUGUUGUGGGAAACUAACAUAAAAUGUCAGCCAUGCAGUUGCAGCACAGAAGAUUGAGAAAAACCUUUAUUAUAUAUUUUCUGAAUCUUUAAAUUUCCUUUUUAAAUA